AUGAUAUUAGAAAAUUAGAUCUCUAAAACCUAGAAUGCCCCAUCUCCUCAACUCAAAAUAAAUAAGGAUUAUAAAUCUUAAUAAUUCUCUUCACUUAACACAAGUCAUUAAUCAAUAGAUCAAGAGAAUUAGUAUCCUCAAGAAGGCAAAUUGUUGAACUUUAUCAUGGAACUAGAGGAACUCCAAUAAAAGUCUAUAUUCAAUUUAACUUUGAAUUCCCUGUCCUUAGAACAAUAGAAAUUGGCUCUUACAGAUGAUCCCAACAAUUCUUAAUUAAGGAGGUAAUUGCAAUAUAAUAAACACUAUUACCAAGAAUUUCAACAUUCACUUCAGUAGGAGAAUGUCUAUCUCGGAAAUUGUCUACAAAAUCAUAAGGUUUCGUAACAAUUAAGAAGUCGAAUGGUUGAUUGGAUGAUUGAAGUCUUAGGAAAUUAUAAUGAAACUACUACCAAUGCCACAUUUUUUAGAUCUGUCUCUAUCAUGGACUACUUCCUAUCAAAAUCUAAUACUUAAUACUCUGAUCAGCAUCUGCAUCUCAUUGGAAUGAGUAGCAUGUUCAUAGCCACAAAAUUGGAAGACAUCUAUCAUAUCCCUUUAUAAGACUUUGUCUAAAGAGUUGGUCAUAAUAAAUAUUCUACAAUAAAAGUCAAAGCUGCGGAGCAAAUGAUAUUGGAAACAUUGAAUUAUGAAAUCACUUUCCCGACUAUUCUUGAUAGACUUUAUAAUCUUUAUUAUUAAUGUUUCAGUGUAAACAAUGAUACUAAUUUGUAGAACAUAUUAGAAGCAAGCAUCUACAUCUUAAAGAUGUGUCUUCAUGAUUAUACGAUGAAUACCUUUCACGCCAAUACUUUAGCUGCCAGUUCAUUUUUUUAUUCAAUAUGCGAUUUUGUUAUUUCGAAAGAUUACCAGCAUUAAGAUCAAAUAAUAGAUUAAUUUAGUAAACGAAUUACACAAAUAUCUGAGAUAAAUUUGUUCGAAUUUAAUCAAUGUUAAGGGAAAUUAAAGGAAUUGAUCAAUUCAUUUAAGAAAAAGUAUCCAGAUUUAUAGAAUUUAGAUAGGUUUUCUUGA